CCUCCCCCCCCCUCCGCCCCUCCUCGCUCCACGUCAGAGGGAACCGGGCGGAGCGGCCAACAUGGCGGAACGCAGGCGACACAAGAAGCGGAUCCAGGAAGUUGGUGAACCAUCUAAAGAAGAGAAGGCUGUAGCCAAGUAUCUUCGAUUCAACUGUCCAACAAAGUCCACCAAUAUGAUGGGGCACCGAGUUGAUUAUUUUAUUGCUUCAAAAGCAGUGGAUUGCCUUUUGGAUUCAAAGUGGGCAAAGGCCAAGAAAGGAGAGGAAGCUUUAUUUACAACAAGGGAGUCUGUGGUUGACUACUGCAACAGGCUUUUAAAGAAGCAGUUUUUUCACCGGGCACUAAAAGUAAUGAAAAUGAAGUAUGAUAAAGACAUAAAAAAAGAAAAAGAGAAAGGAAAAGCCGAAAGUGGAAAAGAAGAAGAUAAAAAGAGCAGGAAAGAAAAUCUAAAGGAUGAAAAGACAAAAAAGGAAAAAGAAAAAAAAAAAGAUGGUGAAAAGGAAGAAUCCAAAAAGGAAGAAACUCCAGGAACUCCUAAAAAGAAGGAAACUAAGAAAAAAUUCAAACUUGAGCCACAUGAUGAUCAAGUUUUUCUGGAUGGAAAUGAGGUAUUUGUGUGGAUAUAUGACCCGGUUCACUUUAAAACAUUUGUCAUGGGAUUAAUUCUUGUAAUUGCAGUGAUAGCAGCCACCCUCUUCCCGCUUUGGCCAGCAGAAAUGAGAGUAGGUGUUUAUUACCUCAGUGUGGGGGCAGGCUGCUUUGUAGCCAGCAUUCUUCUUCUUGCUGUUGCUCGUUGCAUUCUGUUUCUCAUCAUCUGGCUCAUAACUGGAGGAAGGCACCACUUUUGGUUCUUGCCAAAUCUGACUGCUGACGUGGGCUUCAUUGACUCCUUCAGGCCUCUGUACACACAUGAAUAUAAAGGACCAAAAGCAGACUUAAAGAAAGAUGAGAAAUCUGAAGCCAAAAAGCAGCAGAAGUCCGACAGUGAGGAAAAGUCAGACAGUGAGAAAAAGGAAGAUGAAGAGGGAAAAGUAGGACCAGGGAAUCCUGGAACAGAAGGCUCGGGUGGAGAACGGCAUUCGGACACAGACAGUGACAGGAGGGAAGAUGACCGAUCCCAGCACAGUAGUGGAAAUGGGAAUGAUUUUGAAAUGAUCACAAAAGAGGAACUGGAGCAGCAAACAGAUGGGGAUUGUGAAGAAGAGGAAGAAGAAGACAAUGAUGGAGAAACAACUAAAUCUUCCCAUGAAAAAUCAUAAUCUGACUAAUUUGGGACUAAAGUGCAAGAGGUUGGAUUUUCUAUGUUGGCUGAUCGUCCUAAUGUACACAUGACAUUUGUAGCAUUCUUUAAAUCCAUUUGCUGAAAUGUAUUUGACAUCCAAGCAAUUAUAUUCAGUCCUUCAUUUCAUAGAAUACUAUUAUUGGUACAGUCUAAAGCCAUUUAUAAGUUGUAUCUGUUUGAUAAUUUUACAAUAAGUAGGUCUUACUUGUUUUGAUAGUUAUCAAAGAUGCAUUUUCCACAAUGAUAUUUAGAUUAAUGGCAUUUUUGAUAGUUGUAUGGCUUUUUACUGUUAGAUUAAUCAAAAUAACCAAAAGGGAUAAAAGAGAAACACCAACAUUUCAGAUUAUGCGUAGUUAUGUAGCCAUUUCACAGUUUCUUUAAAAUGAAAUGCUUAAACUCCUUGUUCUUGAUAGUUAAGCUUUGGUUGAUUAUAAAAGUAUACCAGGGAAUUUCUGGGAUUCUGAGUUAGCAGGGUUCAAAAGCAUUUUGUGGAAACAAGCCAACUAGUAAUGGUGCAGUAACACUUUUAGUUUAGCUACAAAUUCUCCUUUUCCAACUUAGGAAAUCCAAACUGAUUUGUACAUCUGACUCAGAGAAAGAUAGUCAUCUCCAACAGAGGAAGCAAACAGCACUGGUUGGAAGGUGAUGGCUCUUCCCAUUUCCUUGUCGUAAAGUAAAAUGUAUUCUGUACAUAAUUUACAAAUAAACAUUUUAUUUUAAUUGUUACUUAUUAUUUAGACAUUUUUCUCAACACUUAAAUUUGUAAAAUUAAGACCAUGUAAGGGUAUGUUUUUAGAGAAAUGGAAGUUUCAAUAACCCACAGAACAUCUGUGCUCUUUCUACAGCAGCUUCAGUUUUGUGCCAACAUUCCAUGUAUUUGAAUAUGAGUUAAAAAGAUCCUUAAUAAAUAAGAGCAGACUUAAAGUA